AUAUGAAGGUGCGGGAGGCAGGGAGCUACGCUUCCAAUAUGUUCAGUUUUGUACAGAAAUAAAAUUUCGUAAAGUCAUCUGAACGGUAAAUGAAGUCAACGUUAUAAAUAAUUCCUUACAGAGUCGUGACAGAGUCUAAUGAACAUGACUCAGUUAAGUGGAAAUGGAUCUCUUGUCUCGAGAUAAUAUUUCGUCAUUUUUAGGUUAUUGAUUGCUGAGAUCACACUUUGAAUUGAUCCCAAGGCAGAAGGAUUCACCAUGCUGUAUGUCUUCAUGGUUAACACGGGCUCCAUGCUCACACUGGACAUGGCAUUGACCAUGGAAAGUGUGCAGAGGCUGCAGGAAACCCUUGCCACGGAGUACCAGUUACCGAUUGACAAGCAAGUGUUGCUGAUUAGCGGUGGGCAGAGCCUGGAUCCGCACAUCCGAGUCUGCAGCUACAGCGCUGGAACGGAUACCAACCCCAUCUUCCUGUUCAGUAAGGGCACCAUCGAGUCGGCCACGCCGCCGGUGACGUCCAGCAUGCUGCAGAGCAAAGAGGAGAAACUGCGACUGCAAGUGGAAGGCCUGAAGAACCUACCUCACAGCUACAGCGCCGUGGUGGCACGCACCCAACUUGCAUUGCAAUUCCACGACCUUGCCAAGGAUAAUCUCCGUCAGUGCGAGGGCCUGGUUCAUGAUCAGCAUCUGCAGCAGCAAGGUUGGAUGGCCGUGGUGGCCAAUCUCGAAGACAUUACCAGUGCCUUCGACCAGCGGGCAAGCGCAUUCAGACUGAGCAUGACUGAGUUUCUGGAAGAGCGCCCUCAAUUGGUCACCCAGCUGGCGGAAUUUGGAGACGUACUGCAGCUGCUGGAGAAGACCCCAUUGCUACCCUGCCUGCUUGAGGAGUGCAGUGUCGUCAACAGAGACACGCUGGGAGAGGAAGGGACUCUCACCCUAAUGCAGUGGAUCAGUAGCCAGGAUCAGCGAAGCACUCUGCAACAAAUGGCCCAGCAAUGUUCCAAGAGUCUAGAUCAGUUUACCCAGCAGGUUCUUGAUGGGAUGUCUACUGAAAUCAUCACAACUCUCGAGGCUGUCAACAACGGAAGCAUGAAGGAGGUCAAAGGACUGGGAGAGAGGUUGUUUGGUCUGGAACAGCUUCUGACAAGUGCGCAGAAGGUUCUCCAAGAACAGGCCGAGAUGGCGCAGGGAAUGGUCCAGAACCAGACGCGAGCCAGUAAUCUUAACGACACGUCGGUCCUGCCAGAUCUGUGCAAGAGCCACCAGCAACAGCUGACGGUGAUGUACAAGAAGCAUUGCCAAUUGGCCGAGAUCAGCCGUCGGUGCCAGGUAGCUAAGGAUGAACUGUGCCACAACCUUCACGUCAGACUCAGGUGGAUCAUGUACGUGGAGCAGCAGAUCAGUGCUGUUCACAGUAAGAUGCUAGUCUACCACGAAAACCUGAAGCGUCUCAGAAAGCGGCUUGAGAUCGUAAGGCAGGUGUACUCAGCCCCUAGGCUCUAUGCCGCGGCUGUCAUUGAGGUUUGUCGACGGAGGAGUUACGCUGAUCAUUUCACUGCUUGGGCAGGAAAGGUCUGUGAAUCCUCACUCUUGAGCCACCAAUCAGAAAUGGAUAAGAGGAGGGAGUUUGCGACCAGCAUGGAGCGACACUUCCUGAAUGUUCUCUUCCCUGGAUUGGCCGGUGAAGUUCCGCCGUUAUUUGCUACAACACCUCCAGGAGAAUUUGAUACCAGGCUACCAGAUAUCACAAACGAAGACGUGGUAGCCCUCAGGGAAAAACUUCCAGAAUUAUCCCACAUUCUUUCAUUUCAGAUGGAGGUUUUGGAAGUUGAGGAUGGUGCGUUUCUGCCCAAGAGACUUAAGGCAACUCUCUCUGAUGAACAAACUCAGACGAGUAUGAGCAGUCAGGAAAUAUGCGCCCUGAAAUCCCACGAUUCUGAAAUCACCGUCUUGAAGACAGAGCUUCCAGAUCAUCCAGAUCGGGAGGAUGCGUUGGUCUCUGAGCUCGCUCAGCAAGGAGCAACUCCUCAGAGACCCGACUCUCUCCCGGAGGGGAUGAAAUUCUUAUCGAUAGAUUCUAACAAGGUCAGCAAGAGGGCCACCCCACUCAGUCCAGAUUCUCUGCAAUCCUUGUCCUUCCAGCACGUGGAGAGUUUUGUCUCGGCGGCUACCACCCCCGAUUUGGCUCUCAGUCCCCUAGACAUGUCCACCCGCGGGGAGACGCCUUUUGCGUCUCUUCUGACAGCCCCAGAAGGGAACUUUUACUCGGCAGUGACAAGCCCACUCGAUGAUGCAGAAUCGCCGUUGAGGCUUCCAGUCACCGAGAGUUCGUCAGCGAUGCUUGCCAAAGAGGUGCAGUUACUUAAGGAAAUGCUGCAGGAAAAGGAGGCACUUUUAGAAGAGUCUCAGCUGAAAAUGGAAGACAUUCAGCAUCUCUUGGAGGAGAGGGAGACGGAAUUGGCAUCAGUCAAAGACAACAAUAUUCUAGUUGAAGACAAGCUGCAUGUCUCGCGUAAAGGAAUUGCGUCUGUGGCUGAAAAAUUGGAAACUACCCUUGCCAAACUUAAAGUGGAUUGUUCUGAAAUGAGAAACUCCAUUGCGGUUGACAAAAUUGCCUUUGGGCAAUCAAUGGCAACAUGCUUUUCAAAGAUUGAAGUAAUGUGCGAUCAAGUUUGUGUCUAUGAGAGCGAAGAAAAAUCAAGAGCUGUUCACACGGCAAGUGAACAGUUAAAAGCUCAGUGGGAUAAGGAGAGCAACCAUUUGAAAACAGAAAUUAGUCAAUUCAAGGAGCAGAUCGAAUCUUUGAAACGAGACCGUCUGCAAAUUCAAGACCAAUUAAAGGACAAAGAAAUAGAGCUUGCAAACCUGAGAGAAAAGAGCAGCCAAGAUUUGAAAUCACUGAGAUGCCAGAUGGAGGUGGAAUCCCGCGACAAGGCGGCUUUGAUUGAGAGCGAGAAGCAACAGGAGAUCCAAGAUCUUCUGGCCAGCAUCAAGGAGAAGGAAGAUGCUGUUCAGAUGAUGAAAGAGACCACAGAAGAAGAGAUUGACCUCCUGCGAGAGCACCUCUCUGCCGAGAAGGAGAAAUGUCUGGAGGCUCUGAGAUCUGAACUGACAGGGAAGCACGACAGAGAGCUGGAGUCCAAGCUGCGCCACCUCCAAGACACUCAGCUGGAAGAGUUGGCCGAGUUUAAGAAGACAACGGAACUGAGAGUAGAUGCCGCCUGCCAAGACCUGACAGAGACUCUCAACAAGGCCCGAGAGGAGGAACUGAAUGAGCUAAGAGCAAGCGCUGAGGAACAACACAGACUCAAACUCAACUCUCUGUUGGAAGACCUCGCAGGAAAAAUAUCCCAGAUCAGGGGAGCCCAUGAGCAGGCACGAGAGGACAUCAGGCAGGAGUUGAUAUCUGCAAGGAUUCAGCAACAAGAGCUGAUCGACUCCAGUCAACUCAGAAUGGGGAAGAUGGAGGAGUCGUUUAUCACAGAAAAGCAGAGCCCAGCCUUGGCCGCUGAGGAGGUCAGGAGGCAUCCGCCGCCACAGCUGAGCGACUCGGAUCUUAGGACUUCUAAUCUGGAGCGGGAGCAGGUGGUCGUGUUGGCAGGGCGGCAGCAGGCCUUCAACGAGGCUGUUUCCAGGGUGGCCGCCUCAAAGGACAGGACUAUCGAAGAGCUCAGGAAGUCUGUGGCAGAGCUAAGGGAUCAACAAACUCGCAAUCAAGAUUCUAUUGAGAAAUUACUUGCUGACAAAGGUGACCUGGACGCCGAAAUGACAAAAGCUCUGCACGAGGCGCGAGAGUCCCAGAAGAGCCUACGAGAGUCUCUCCUGAGCAGAGACACUGAACUGGCUGACCUUCAGCAGAAGCUUCAGGUAGCAGAAAGCAAGAACGCCAGCCCUGCUCAGUUAUUGGUUUCCAGUGAACGGGAUACCAUGAAGACCGCUUCGGCUACAGAGGGCAGGCUCCAAGCGUUGUUGAAAGCGAAGGAACAAGAAUGCAACGCCCUCAAACAUCAAGUGAUGCAGUUAAGAGUAUCGCCAGGUUCUGCGUCAAGGGCAGAAAAAAUAUCUAUUAUAGACAUAAGUGUGGGAGACCUAGUGUUAAUAUUCUUUGAGGAACCAAGGGACAACUACGUCGUCUUCAGCAUCGAGCCGACACUCUACUUCGUCCACUCGGAGUCACUCGCUGGGUUGGAUCUUAAACACCAUGGUUCAGCAGGCCCAAAAAGACAGUGGAUUAUUGGAAGGGUAACAGACAAGGAGUACUGCCAGGCAAAAAAGGCCAACAACCGCUUCAAGGUGGCCAUCGGGACCAAAUUCUACCGAGUGAAGGCCAAGAAGUACGACAUGAGGCAAGACCAGGGCAGCCCCAAGUGAACAAAACAAAGACAUGAGGGACUCCCAGUGGUCUAAGGUGGACUGUUUGGGGGGGGGGGGGGGGGCACCCCCAACCUACUCUAGGUCUUUGCUUCCCACCAGAUUCAAGGGGGCAGGGGAACUUAUACCUUUUCUUAUCCUCCUGGCUUGCAGACACAGGCAUGCAACUUUUCCUCGGAUCUGCUGAUUUCCUCUUUUUUAACUUCCCAUGCAUGCCAUAAAAAAUAGAAAAAGACUGCACAAAGUCU